AUGUCUGCGAGCGCGAGAACGUCCUCCUCAACCUCCUCUGCGGAGCUGUCAGGAGCUGCGAAAUUGGAGGAUGUGACGAGAAUCAUGGACAGGCUGGCGUCGGACCUGCAGACGAUCAAUCUGCUGCCUCACCAGCGAGAUGAGCUUCUGCAACAGCUUAAGGUCUAUGGACGUGACCCCACCAACUCAGACCCCAUCUUCACCAAAGAGGGAAUUGAAGUUUUGACUCGACAUGCCUUCAACAGCCCCUCCCUGACGACCUCACGAAAUGCGCUGCGAUGCCUUGCGAAUGCCCUUCUCCUUCGAGCGGAUACGCGACAGAUGUUUGUGGAUUUGAGGUACGAGCAGAAGGCUUGCAACAAGCUGAAGAACGACAGCAGGGACGAUGAAUUCUUGGUCUCGCGGAUAAUCUUCCUCACGACCUACGAUUCGAACGUCAACAUCGAGAACCUGAUUGAUCAAUAUCAUCUGGCAGAGAACAUAUGUGUGAACAUCAGCAGGCACGCGAGGCAAUAUGUCACAAAGCAGAAAAAGGUCAAGGAGUUGGAUCCAAUGGAGGAUAUGGCCCUGAUCGAGACGCUGAAGCUGAUGUUUAACGUCACACACUUCUGUCCGCAAAGAACGGCAGCCUUCUCCACCGCACUCCCCCACAUCCUCACACUUCUCACGAAGCGCGCCGUAUCAAGCAGCAAACCUCUCGAACCACCAAUCGGCUCGCUCGUCAACGCCCUCAUGAACGUACCCUUCGCCCAAAAAGACAGCUUAGCCCAGCUUUUCCCAAAAGGCGCCCCAAACAUCAACGUCGACCGCCUUCACGAGAUCCUCGAGAAAAGCAUAAAAGUCUACGCAGACGACGAGCUUGAACAGCUCGUCUCCCCACUCCUGACCCUACUCCGAAAAGUCUACGAAAACGCGCCGAGAGAAGUGCAAAAACAUAUGCAGCGAGCGCUCCUGCCCUCCGAAGCAGACAGAGAAAAAGUCCUCGGGCGAGCAGAAUCCCUCGCCUCACGACUUCUUCGCCUAUCCACAAAUCCGACCACACCGCAAGUGCGAGAGACGAUAUCCUCACUUUUGUUCGAUUUGAGCGAUAAUGACGCAAGGAAAUUCGUCCACAACGUAGGGUAUGGCUUCGCUUCGGGGUUUCUGUUCCAGCACAACGUGCCGAUCCCGGAAAACGCGCUGGAGGCGUAUAGCCUCAGUGGGAGUGAGGGGAGCAAUGCGAGAGGGAGCCAGGAUAGUCGGGAACAAUUUGCGGGGAUGGUUAACCCCGUCACUGGACAGUUAUUGGAUAGGGAAGAAACCGUGGAGGAGGAGCCGAUGACGAUGGAGGAAAAAGAACGGGAAGCGGAACGGCUGUUUGUAUUGUUUGAGAGGUUAAAGAAAACUGGAGUCAUGAGUGUCAAAAAUCCAGCCGAGGCGGCGUACCAGGAAGGCAGGGUUCUGGAGCUAGAUGACGAUGCUAAAUCGGAGUAG